AGUUGCUGCCGCGCCGCGGACCGUGAGCGCAGCGAUGUGGCUGAAUGGACUGAGUCGCCGCUGGCGGUUGCUGGGCGACUGGGCCCGCGUUGUCGGGCCCGCGGCGCGGCGGAGGACGGUGUGCAGGCAGGGCCUGUGCGGGGUGGCCUCCCGUGUGGGGGAAGCCGGCAGCGGGGUGAGGGUGCGAUUCGGGCCGAGCCCCACAGGCUUCCUGCACCUUGGUGGACUCCGCACAGCCCUGUACAAUUACUUAUUCGCCAAAAAACACAGAGGCCAGUUUAUCUUACGUAUAGAAGAUACUGAUCAGAGCCGUCUUGUACCUGGAGCAGCAGAAAAUAUUGAGGAUGUUCUGGAAUGGGCAGGUAUCCCUCCUGAUGAAAGCCCCCGUAAAGGCGGCCCCUGUGGACCAUAUCAGCAAUCAGAGCGACUGGAUCUGUACCUGAAGGCUGCUGAGACUCUAGUGGAGAGGAAUGCUGCUUACUAUUGCUUUUGCACUCCCUCACGUCUGGAAAUGCUGAAGAAAGAAGCACUGAGAUUGAGGCAAACACCGAAGUAUGACAAUCGCUGCAGGCACCUUACUUCAAAACAGAUCGAGGAGAAAUUGGUACAAGGGUGCCCAUAUGUUAUCAGAUUCUGCUUGGACAAGGGUACAGUGUCCUUUGAAGAUCUGGUGUAUGGAACAAACAGGAUGGAGCCGGCCAGUGUGGAAGGAGACCCUGUUAUCAUUAAGGCAGAUGGAUUUCCGACCUAUCACUUGGCGAAUGUUGUUGAUGACCAUCACAUGAAUGUCAGCCAUGUUCUGCGGGGUACCGAGUGGCUUACUUCCACUGCCAAACACGUGUUGAUGUACAGAGCCUUCGGCUGGGACCCACCAAUUUUUGCUCACCUUCCUCUCCUCUUGAACAAGGAUGGCAGCAAGCUGUCGAAACGUCAGAGUGAUCUGUUCAUUCAGAACUUUUCCCAGAAUGGCUACCUCCCAGAGGCUUUACUGGACAUGGUUACGAACUGUGGGUCAGGCUUUUCAGGAAAUCGGCCUGGUCGAACUCUAGAAGAAUUAGUGAGUGAGUUUGAUGUGACCAGGAUCAUAACUCACUCUGCACUCCUGGACCUUGACAAACUACCGGAGUUCAACAGGAUUCACUUGUUGCGCUGCAUCGAGAAUAGUAGCUCAAGGCAGCAGUUGGUGAUGGAGCUACAAACGCAGUUAGAGAAGGUGUACAAGGACAGACUGCCAGAGGGUAAACCCCUGAGCACAGACUAUGUGGAACAGGUGCUGGUACACCGGAAGGGGCACAUCACUUCUUUGCUGGACUUACUAAAACCCGACUACUCUUACCUGUGGAUCCGCCCUCCUGUGCCGCGAGAGCAGAUGGAGGAUCUGACCACAGAGGGAGAGAAAAUCUGCAGCAUGGUGUUAAGCCUAUACCAGAACUGUCCAAAUGCUCAUGGGACCCCAGCAGAUCUGAAUUCAGAGCUGAGAUCAUUACAGACACAGUUGACAACCACCAAAUACAGUGCCAUGAUGAAGCUCCUUCGACUGGCUCUCAGCGGGCAGCAGCAGGGACCAAGUGUAGUUGAAAUGAUGCUGUCCUUGGGACCUAAAGAAGUGUGCGCGCGGCUGCACCGAGUGAUUGCUGAGUGAAUGCAGGUGGCCUUCUACCAGCUGUACGCUUGACAGGUUGUCCAUGAUGUAUGGCCAUACUUCACUGCUGACAGAAUAUCCAGGAAGGGAAAACGUGAAUGUCCAAACAGUUUGGGCUUCUGGGUAAAUCUACCUGGUGCGAUGAGAAGCUCCAUUAACGGCGCUGCUUUGUGAUUACAGCACACUGGUCAGGGGAACUGAGCUUCAGCUGGAUUGGAGUCUGGCAGAGAAGGGGAAGACUUCCAUUCCCACAGGGUAAUCCUUAUGUUACUCCUGUUCUUGGAGGAGCCUCAGACCCACGACUUCAGGAUCACAUGUUGCUCAUGGGGCUUUGAUCGUCUGAUAACCAAGAAUAACAAAUUACUUGCUCUGAGGACUAUCGGUAUCAAUGGAUUAACAACAGAGAUAAAUAUCAUUUAAUGCAGCUGUUCUGUGCUCCGCACCAGCCUCCUGCUUCACAUUGCCUUUUAUUUAUUUCUUUCUGUUCUUUUUUCCCUUCUGUCUUCCUAUUAAAGACAUUGUUACCAUUUCUAAUGCCCUAAACACCAGCAGUGUAACAGGCAUAAACGAACUAACUCUCUGUAAAGAGAAACACAAACUUACCAUGCUUUGAGUUAAAUAAGUGUCUGGUGAAUUCCUUACUGGAUUUAUUAUAAAUAAUUUAUAUUUAUUAUCUGUGUUUUUCUCUUUUUGUGUCACUCUCACCCUUCCCACUAGUGAAAAUACUUUCUCAAGUUCAAAUUUAUUGUCAUUCAGAUGUACACGUACACUGCCAAACGAAACAAUGUUCCUCCAGACCAGGGGUCGGCAACGUUUACCACUGAAAGAGCCAAUAUGGACCCAUUUCCCACAGAAAAGAAAACACUGGGAGCCACAAAAUGAAAUAACACUGCAUACAACGGUUUUUUUUUGCCUUUAUGCUAUGUAUAAACAAACUAUAAUGUGUUGCAUUUAUGAAAUUGAUGAACUCCUGCAGAGAAAACGAAAUUACAUUUCUGCAUGCAACAAAAACAUUUUGAACUCCGAAAAAAAGACGUUGGGUUGAAGGUUACUCCAUAGUUAGCCUACCUUGGAUCGAAGAAUUAAAAGAAUGCGCGCACUGGCGGGUGUCAGGCAUUGGCAGUUGUGAUGUAUAUUAAUAGCGAUAAAAAAACACGUUGUAGCGGUGUAGCGCUACACGCAGCGCUAAAAUAAAGACUGCAGUCAAAGGUAACUUUAUUCGAACUAAACAGCCUUGCUUUAAAGCCUCCC